AUUGAUACCUACAUAAAUGUAAUUAUAGUUUUAAAUAUUCCAUGUUAUUGUUUAAAUGAGACUGACCAUAGUCAAACUGCGUACAGUUUUGCGGAAUAAUAUUAUAUUCCAUAUGAAUAAACCGGCCAGCGCAGCGGUCCAAGUCACCAUUUAUCUUUUUUUUUUGUCCCCGUCCAAUGUCACUUUCACAAUACAAGAUCCGAACAAGAUUCAUCAUAAAAACAUUUAGUUGUAUGCUCUUGUGACUUGUGCGCACACGCUUUUUAUUAGAUAAUAUCUGUGUUGGUUAUAUGUAUCUUGUGUUUUGUGAUGCUGUGAACAGGAUGGAUAAAAUACAUUUGACUGUAAACGGAGAACAUUAUACGAUAUCUGGUGCCGAGGUGAGCCCUCGCACAACCUUAAACGACUAUCUACGAGACUAUCUAUGUCUCCAUGGCACUAAGGCUAUGUGCCACGAGGGAGGCUGCGGGGCGUGCAUAGUCUCAGUCUUGCAGACUCACCCCCUGACUAAGGAGAAACGAGUGUUUUCUGUCAACUCUUGUCUGGUCCACGUGUUAUCAUGCCAUCAAUGGGACAUCACGACAAUAGAAGGGGUGGGGAACAGGAAAGAUGGCUACCACGCCGUGCAGAGUCGACUGGCCGCCUUCAACGGCACCCAGUGUGGGUAUUGCACCCCUGGUUGGGUCAUGAGUAUGUAUAGUUUAUAUUCAAACGCGAACCGGUUAAGUAUGCAGCAGUUGGAGAAUUCGUUUGGUAGCAACAUGUGUCGAUGUACCGGCUACCGGCCCAUUCUGGACGCCUUUAAGAGCUUCGCCAAAGACGUCGGUAGUGACUUGAAGAAGAAAAUCCAGGAUGUGGAAGACCUUGACAAACUGAAAUGCAACAAGAAAUGUGAGAGGCGCUGCAGCGUCAGUGAUGAAUGGUGCCUGAUUGACAGCAGUGAGGGUUCCCUGAUGGAAGUCGGUGGAUACACCAGUCGGUGGUACAAGGCGUUUACGAUUAAAGACGUGUUUCAGGUUCUCUCCAAAGAGGGAAUAGACAGUUACAGGCUUAUUUCUGGAAACACAGGUCAAGGUGUAUUUCCACUCCUUCGCGAGCCUCGUAUCUUCAUAGAUAUAUCGUCAAUAUCUUCCCUAAAAGACUCCUUCUCGGAAGGCAACCUAGUGCUGGGAGCCGCCAUGACACUCACUGACGUCAUGAAUCUGUUCCUGAAAUGGUCCAGUGAAAGCGAGGACUUUCUGUAUUUAAAGGAGUUCUAUGACCAUUUGGAUUUGGUCGCUCAUGUGCCGGUUAGAAAUAUCGGCACAAUUGGGGGAAACUUGGCCAUGAAGAACUUACACCCUGAUUUUCCGUCAGAUGUGUUCUUGAUACUAGAAACAGUCAACGCUGCUAUAACUCUAGUUGAUAAUACUUUAGUAGAACAUGAUAUGGACUUGAAAGAAUUUCUGAAAGUGGAAAUUAGAAAUAAAUUAAUAAAACAAGUGAAAAUUCCUCCGUUAUCUUUGAAAACAUUAAUACGGACAUAUAAGAUAAUGUCGCGAUCACAAAAUGUCCAUGCUAUCGUGAAUGCUGGUUUUCGCUUCAAAGUGGAUGAUUCUAACAAAGUUAUUGAAGCCACCAUAGUGUACGGAAACAUACGUUCCAGCUUCAUUCGAGCUAAAGAGACGGAAGAUGCUUUAAAAAGCCAGGAGUUAUUUUCCGAGGAAACCCUCCAAAGAGCACUGAAGGCUUUAAAUGAUGAACUGGCACCAGAGGACAUCCCGCCCGACCCGUCGCCGUUUUGCAGAAAGACUUUAGCUUUAGGAUUAUUUUAUAAGGCUAUAUUGUCAUACAGUCCGAGGAUAAACCCUCGUUUCAAGUCUGGAGCUAGCAAGCUGCAGAGGCCCUUAUCUCGGGGCUCCCAGAAGUUCGACACAGACAAGACGCUAUGGCCGCUCAACAAACCUGUGCCUAAGAUCGAGGCUUUAACACAGUGUUCAGGCGAGGUGACAUACGUGUGCGAUAUCAGUCUGCCUCCGAGAAGCGUUCAUGUUGCCUUCGUCCUCUCAGACGUAUGUGUCGCUGAUAUUGACAGAUUCGACGCUGCUGAAGCACUGAAAAUGUCAGGCGUGAUCGCCUUCUUCACGGCCAAAGACAUUCCAGGGAGGAACACGUUCACACCGGCUAAGGUGCCGUGGCAGGAUUCCGAAGAAGAAAUCCUUGCCAGCAACCACGUCUCCUAUUACGGACAGCCAAUAGGCAUAGUCGCCGCUGUGACGCAUAAAUUGGCAAUUGCUGCUGCCGAACUGGUGAAAGUACAUUACAAGAACGUCGCGAAGCCUGUUCUGAGUAUUAAGGACGCGUUGGCAGCACCAGAUAAGGACAGACGGGUUCGUUCAGACGCGACCAUGAAGCCAACAAGCAAAGGUGAAGACAUCAAACACGUGAUAAAAGGAACGUUUAAGAUACCAUCACAGUACCACUACACGAUGGAGACGCAGUCCUGCCACGUGAGCCCCACUGGACAAGUCCUGAAAGUGAGGGCUGCUACCCAGUGGAUGGAUAUUGUGCAUGUAGCUGUGGCGGAUAUGUUGGACAUUCAGCAAAACAAAGUGGAAGUAAUAGUCCCACGCUUGGGCGGCGCGUACGGUGGUAAAGCAACUCGUUCAGCGCUGGUGGCGUGCGCGUGCGCACUGGCGGCGUACAAGCUCAAUCGCACUGCCAGCCUGGUGAUGCCGAUGACGCACAACAUGGCGGCGAUAGGAAAGAGGCAAGAGUGCUAUGUUGAAUACGAGGUCGGAGUUAAUGAUAACGGAGUGAUCCAGUAUUUAGACUUGAGUUACUACUCGGACUGCGGGUACUCAUUCAACGACUCGUCCGCUGGGGAGAUCGGCAAUGUUAUGGCGAACUUGUACGACAAAACCCGUUGGGCCGUGAAUGGGUACAGCGUGCUGACAGACAAGGCAAGCAACACAUGGUGUAGGGCACCAGGUACGACCGAGGCUUUCGCAAUAAUGGAACACCUAAUGGAGAGAAUCAGCUAUGUAACAAAAAAAGAUCCUGUUGACGUGAGAAUAGGAAACUUAGCCACCGAACAUAGCAGCAUUAAGGAAAUGAUAGACACACUGAAAUAUGAAUCUCAAUAUGACGCUCGUAAAGCAGAUAUUGUAAAAUUCAACGCUGACAACGCUUGGAGAAAACGCGGGUUAAAACUCUCUAUAAUGUCAUUCCCCAUCGGUUACUCAUGGAAUUACCCAGUGACUGUUUCUAUUUACCACGGAGAUGGUACAGUUGCCGUCUCACAUGGUGGUAUCGAAAUGGGCCAAGGAAUAAACACUAAAGUGGCUCAAGUUUGCGCGUACACACUGAAAGUACCGUUAGAAAAAGUGGCAGUGUUUGAAAGCGAUAGUUUGGUCUCGCCUAAUUCCAUGGCGAGUAACGGCAGCAUAACAAGCGAUUGUGUUACACACGCUACUUUGAAGGCUUGUUCAGAAUUGUUGGAUAGACUUCAGCCAGUGAGGAAUGAGAUGACUGAACCGACAUGGGAGGAGGUCGUCCGGAAAGCGUAUGAAAAAGGUAUAAACCUUCAGUCGAACCACAUGACGUCACCGCUGGACGAGCUACAAGGGUACAACAUCUACGGCGUAUGCGCAGCCGAAGUCGAGCUGGAUGUGUUGACAGGAACCCACGUCCUGUCCAGGGUGGACCUCCUCGAAGACACGGGCGUCAGUUUGAGUCCAGACGUGGAUGUGGGCCAGAUUGAAGGUGCCUUCAUUAUGGGCCUCGGUCUCUGGACAUCCGAAGAGCUGGUGUACCAUUCGUCUGGCAAACUACUCACUGACCGGACCUGGACGUACCAUCCGCCUGGAGCUAAGGACAUACCGGUGGACUUCAGAGUCAUGUUCCGGGCUAAUUCGCAAAAUACUGCGGGCGUUUUGCGGUCCAAAGCAACUGGUGAGCCAGCUCUAAAUUUGGCGGUGGCCGUGACACACGCGCUCCAUGAUGCUGUUUUGGAAGCGAGGAAAGAGUUCGGGUACAAAGACACAGAUCGAAUACACAUCGAUACACCUUACAACGUAGAAAACAUUUUAAAAGCAAUAUCUCCGAAAAUCGAAAGUUAUAAGUUAAAUUAAUUAAUAAGGAUAAUUACAAUACUAUAGUAUUAAAACAUUAUAAAAUA